GAAGGGGAGGCGGACAAGCGGGCGGGGAGGAGAGAGGAGUUCACGAUCCGGCAGGGGUGGGGGCAGCUAUGCGGGAGGUGGCGCGCCCCGCCGUCUAGACAGUGCGAUCCGGGCAGGGGGCGUGUGCGCUCGGCGCACCUGCGAGACUACAGAGCCCCGGGCCCGCACGUGCGGGGAGUGUAGACACGUUCGCUGCGCCCUGCGUCUCGCUGCCCGGGGGACGGGAGUGGGGCGGGCAAGCGCCGCGGCCCGGUGUGUGGGGAGGGGGCGGCGGCCAUGGAGCGAGUGAACGACGCUUCCUGCGGCCCGUCGGGCUGCUACACCUACCAGGUGAGCAGACACAGCACGGAGAUGCUGCACAACCUGAACCAGCAGCGCAAAAACGGCGGGCGCUUCUGCGACGUGCUCCUGCGGGUGGGCGACGAGAGCUUCCCGGCGCACCGCGCGGUGCUGGCCGCCUGCAGCGAGUACUUUGAGUCGGUGUUCAGCGCCCAGUUGGGCGACGGCGGAGCUGCGGACGGGGGUCCCGCUGACGUGGGGGGCGCAGCGGCGGCCCCGGGCGGCGGGGCUGGGGGCAGCCGGGAGCUGGAGAUGCACACCAUCAGCUCCAAGGUGUUCGGGGACAUCCUGGACUUCGCCUACACUUCCCGCAUUGUGGUUCGCCUGGAGAGCUUCCCCGAGCUUAUGACGGCCGCCAAGUUUCUGCUGAUGAGGUCGGUCAUUGAGAUCUGCCAGGAAGUCAUCAAACAGUCCAAUGUGCAGAUCCUGGUGCCCCCUGCCCGGGCCGACAUCAUGCUCUUUCGUCCCCCUGGGACUUCGGACUUGGGUUUCCCUUUGGACAUGACCAAUGGGGCAGCCUUGGCAGCCAACAGCAAUGGCAUCGCAGGCAGCAUGCAGCCCGAGGAGGAGGCAGCCAGGGCGGCUGGUGCAGCCAUUGCGAGCCAAGCCUCCCUGCCUGUGUUACCUGGGGUGGACCGCUUGCCCAUGGUGGCUGGACCCCUGUCCCCCCAACUGCUGACUUCCCCAUUCCCCAAUGUGGCAUCCAGUGCCCCUCCCCUGACUGGCAAGCGAGGCCGGGGCCGCCCAAGGAAGGCCAACCUGCUGGACUCAAUGUUCGGGUCCCCAGGGGGCCUGAGGGAGGCAGGCAUCCUUCCGUGCGGCCUGUGUGGAAAGGUGUUCACGGAUGCCAACCGGCUCCGGCAGCACGAGGCCCAACAUGGUGUCACCAGCCUCCAGCUGGGCUACAUCGACCUUCCUCCUCCGAGGCUGGGUGAGAAUGGGCUGCCCAUCUCUGAGGACCCCGACGGCCCCCGAAAGAGGAGCCGGACCAGGAAGCAGGUGGCCUGCGAGAUCUGCGGCAAGAUCUUCCGUGACGUGUACCAUCUCAAUCGGCACAAGCUCUCCCACUCGGGGGAGAAGCCCUAUUCCUGCCCCGUGUGUGGGCUGCGGUUCAAGAGGAAAGAUCGCAUGUCCUACCACGUGCGGUCCCACGACGGGUCCGUGGGCAAGCCCUACAUCUGCCAGAGCUGUGGGAAAGGCUUCUCCAGGCCUGAUCACUUGAACGGACAUAUCAAGCAGGUGCACACUUCUGAGCGGCCUCACAAGUGUCAGACCUGCAAUGCUUCUUUCGCCACCCGAGACCGUCUGCGCUCCCACCUGGCCUGUCAUGAAGACAAGGUGCCCUGCCAGGUAUGCGGGAAGUACUUGCGGGCGGCGUACAUGGCAGACCACCUGAAGAAGCACAGUGAGGGGCCCAGCAACUUCUGCAGUAUCUGUAACCGAGGUCUCCAGGCACCAGGAGCCCAUCCCGAAUGGGGGAGCAGCGUUCCACUGCGCCAGGACCUAUGGCAACAAAGGCAAGCGACCCCUUGCUCUGCACUUUGCUUCUCUGCGCAGACUGUGUUGUGGGGGCGCUGGGCCGGGCGUGGGGAGGCACAAAGGCUGCCGGCUGCUGGCUGCCUCGAGGAGGCUCGAGAUCUGAGUGGCAGUGGCCUCCAGGACAGAAGUCAUGGUGGGGAUCUCACUCCAGGGCAGUGAGUGAGGCUUGAGAGCACUGCCGAGAUCCAGCCCCCCGCCUCCUCUUCCCCAGCCCCCCACCUCGCUCCUGGCCAGCCCCCACGUCCAGAGCUCUGCAGGGACGUCCCGGGCCCAGGGCAGGAAGAGGAGCCCUGCAUGAUGAGCCUCUGGGCCUGUCCAUUGCCUGUGACCCUUUAAGGAUGGCGUGGAGCUGCGGCUGAAAGCUUUCUUCUCCUCUGACCCUGCAGGCGGGGGGAGCCAAGGGCUGGCUUCCCCCUCGAUAGGGGUGGUUGGUUGCUGCGAGCAGCCCUUUCCGGAGAGCCUCUGGCCGCGUUUGUGAGAUGCAUGGCGCUGACUCCGAGUUGGUUUGCGUAGAGCUCCCUAGGUCCCCCUCCACUUGUUGAUCCGGGUUGUUCUGUGGUGUUUCAAGUUGUUGUUGCCUUGGGGAUGACGCCAGGGGCUUGGCAGACGGCAGAGAUGGCAUGCUCCACGCUCCCAUCACAGACCUCCCUUCCCGGCAUGGCGCUCUGAACCCAGGCAGGAAGCGGCUCAUUGUGGAGGAGUCACGUGUGGGCUGGGCAGGGCAGAUCAGUGAGGGCUGUCUCAAGGCCCAGCUUGUCCUGGGCCCUGCGCAGGGACAGCCGGCCGACUGAGUUGUUCAGUUCCUUUUAAGCUGCGUGCUUUGGCCAUUUGGCCCGGCAGGCUUCUGGCAGGCGGAGGCGGCGAGGGCAGAGCUUGUGUUCGCGGCGCUGGGAAGAGGACUGGCUCUGACUCAGCCGUCGACAGGGUCUGCCUGGGUUGAGGAGCCUGCGGCUCUGGUUCUGUCUUGCUAGGGUGCAGCCAGUCUGCUGCAGAGGUGAGGCCACUGACGUACCUGCUCAGCAUCAUCACAACAGCUGUCUUACCCUCAGAGGCACCCAGGAGAGCGCCUAGGAGUUGGGGGUCUUGGGCUGUCCUGGGCAGAGGCAGAGGAGGUCCCCUCUCCACACCCUUCCUCGAAGCAGGCCGAGUUGGUGGUGAGCAGUACACGUGCGCCUGCAUGAAGAGUCCUCGGCGAGGGAGGCUGGCAGCCCCAGGCCCUGCUGUCUCACCCCCGUGGGCACGCCAGGCUUCCCGACUGACCAGCCGAACCUCUGUGGGUUCCGCUGGGCGGUGGCUGGCCACCGGCUGCCCUCCACGAGCCUGUGAGCUGGCCCCUCGAGACCCCUCCGAGGGGGCGUCCCCAGAGCCCGGCCUCACCGCUCCUCUGUGUUCUGUUUCCUCCUAGAAGGCCAGAAAUGCUCACAUCAGGAUCCGAUUGAGAGCUCUGACUCCUACGGUGACCUCUCGGACGCCAGCGACCUGAAGACGCCUGAGAAACAGAGCACCAAUGGCUCCUUCUCCUGUGACAUGGCGG